GUUAGAAACCGAGGGCGCAAGACCAACACAACAACGGGGAGCAGGGGAGAUGCUGACGUGCUCUGUUAACACAUUCUUCUCUCUCUCUCUCUCUUGCUCUCUCUCUCUCUCUCUCUCUUCAUUUCCACGGGCUAUUCAGGAUACUAAAAGAAUCGGAUGAAUCUGUGUUUUGCUUCAUUUCUCUACUGGCCAUGUGUCAAGCUGCAAGGAUUGAACGAGGUCUAGAUCUAUACAGGACUAGUCUAGAUUUUACUGAGGACUAUUCACUAUAGUAUUGGCAUUCUACACACACUGCAUAAAUAGAAAUAUGUUAUGUUUGGACGUUUCCACCAGGUCACCAGUGCUGAGAACAGGAAGACUUAUUACUCUGAUCACAUUUACUAAGAGCAAGAGAAGAUAACCGGUGCAAAAGCAAUGAAACAACAAACUAGAAUUAUACUGGUGGCCUCCCUUACAAUCAAUUUCCUAUGGUUGUUUGGUAGCAGCUUCUUCGAGCUGUACAACGAUCCAAACGAAGCCAUGAGACAGGUCAGGGCUCUAGCGGUAAAGUCCUUGCAGAAAUUCGACUUGGAGUCCGUCAAUUCUCCCAAGGCGAUUCUAAUCGACUCCGUUCUCGACUGUAUUCUAGACCCGUUAUCCAAAGACCAAGAAGCAGAUGAGCCGAGUAAGCCGACGACGUUAUCGACUGCCUUGAAAAUCGCUCAAGAGAGCACCUUGCGAAAAGUCAUUCACAAGCUUCAAUUAGAGCUCUCCGAAAAGAAGGCUGUCAUCUCGUUUUUGUCACAGCCAAUCAUUAACGACCACGACUUUGGCUACACACACAACGGAAGCCUCUUCUGUGCGAAAGGGGAUAUUGACUUCCUGUUCGUUGUGCCUUCCGCCCCGCAUUUUUUCGACAGGAGGGAAAGCGCGAGGCGCCGCGAUCUCUAUCGCUUCACCAAAGACAGGAGAAAUAAGGCCAAGCUGUUAUUCUUUCUUGGAAAACCCCAGUUCGGGCCCGACUUCCAGGAAAUCCAGUCCCAGAUUGAUAAAGAGGUAGAGACUUACGGGGAUAUAAUUCAGGAGAACUUUGAGGACGUUUACAAGAAUAUCCGGUUGAAAGCUGUCUCGAUGCUGAAAUGGACAAGCACGUACUGCAGAGCGGCAAGGUUUGUGAUUAGGACUGAUGACGAUAUAAGAUUUGACAUUGGAAAUUCCUUGGCAGCUUUACAGAGCAAGAGCCUGUCCUACACAGAUUUCAUUCUUGGGGAAAGAAAAGACAAUGGUAGUCCCAUGCGCAAAGUCUCUCACAAGUGGUACGUUUCCCCGAAAGAGUACCCCCAAGAGAACUACCCGCCCUACGCUUACGGCGCUCUCUUGGGUUACCCCAUCAGCACGGUGGCCCUGUUGUACCAGGCCGCCCUUAGGGUGGAGCCUAUUUGGAUGGAAGACGUUUACCUGACAGGUAUAUGCGCCCCGAAGGUAGGAGUGCCCAUUCUUAGGGAUGAUAACUUUGUGUUUGACCAUGAGGUCUACUAAAGCUUGGAGUCAAAUAUUUUUUUUUAAUCUAACGCAUCAAUUGUCCUGUGGCAUCUGUUCUAAGAAAGACUUGUCUCUGCUCAGAUAUCUACCUCGUUCAUUUGACUAGCCAGGAUGAGAGAGAAGUUUUCAGCAAAGGGCAGAUCCUUGUCAUUAACGCCAAGAGGGAAUGCAAUAGAACAUCUUAUUCAAAAAACUAUUGCUGGCUCAUCAAAGCCAUCAACAAUCUAUCUUCUACAUCAGUUCAGAACAAAGGUUUCUCAUGCAUUUCCCAGAAGCGUUUGUUUUCUGAAUGCACUUCACUCAUCAUAAUAAACUAUAGGGCUUUGAAAAGACGUGCUUUGAUUUUUGGGAAGAGAUCUGCAACAGACUUAUUGCUGUAUGUAUCAAACAAAUGAUAACUGUAUAACUGAUGUACUUAUCACACGCAUGAUAGUAUGACUGCUGUACUUAUCAAACGCAUGAUAGUAUGACUGCUGUACUUAUCAAACGCAUGAUAGUAUGACUGCUGUACUUAUCAAGCACAUGAUAGUAUGACUGGUACACUUAUGAAACAUAUGAUAGUAUGAAUGCCGUUCUUGUCAAAUAAAUGAUAGUAAGACUACUAUACUUAUCAAACACAUGAUAGUAUUACUGGUGCAUUUAUGAAACAAAUGAUAGUAUAACUGCUGUAUUUAUCAAGCACAUGAUAGUUUGACUUUUAUUUAUUAAACAAAUUGCUGUGUGAUUGUUGCUUUCAUCAUCGUCUGUAUGCUGUAUUCACUGAAUACAUUGCCGUGUGACUGCUGUAUUCACUGAAUACAUUGCCGUGUGACUACUGUACUUAUGAAACGCAUGUCAUAUCCGUAUCAACGCUGAUAUUAAAGUGUUUUUUUUUAAUGAAUCUAACGUCCUUUCUUACCUUCGAAAAAAACAAACUAGUCAUAUGCAGAUAGUGUCAACCAAACUUAGAACGCAAUGAGCGUUUACAAGUUUUGUGUUUGGUGGUGUAAAAUAUGACAUCAGACAUUCGUACUUUCUUGUUGCACUGACUGAAAAAGAAAAUACAAUCUAGAUAAUACGAUUUCUUUAGAAGACUUCAGAAUAAAAACAAAAAUUUCAUUGAACUUUGAUUUCAAAAGAAUUAAGUAAUUUUUGCUUGUCAUUUUUACUAAUGAAUAUUAUAAUGCGACACUCUCUACUGGCCAGAAAAGUGAAAGUUGAACUACUACUGUGAAGAUAACUGACUUUAAGUCUAUGCCUACUUCUUAGUAUUUUUGCUAAUUGACCAUGUUUUAUUUACAUAUAUUAACUUAUUAGCUACUCUGCCAAAGCUGUAUUGAAUACCAUGCUAUUUAUUGUUCUAUUUUACACUUGAGUCUUCGAUCAGUAUUUCGAUCAGUGUGAUCACCGCCUCAAUGGAUCUCCACUGCCCCCUUUCACCCCCCCCCCCUUUACCGUUAAUGUGGUCAUUAACAUUUGAAAAAGGAACGUGAGAAGUAUUGCCAACCUCUUUUCAAAGCUUAUAUCAACUCUGUCUGUCUGGUACAAUUUUUGUACACGUGAUUUCUCCCACACCCAAUCUCGUAUCAAAAUGAAUUUUCGCACAAUUAUUCCUUGUAACUGAUAUAACAAGAGUCAAUAACCAGUUAGUUAAUUGACUAUUGGCAAUUAGUUAUUUUGUUUGGUAUCAAACACAUGAAAGAAAUUGUAAACAGAUGUGGCGGUACGAGUUGAAUUAGUCCUCUUUAUACCUUGUGUCCUCACUUAAAAUUUUGAGACUAACAAUAGAUAACUUUGAAACCUUCUAUCCUCAUAAGCACUUCGUUGGCACAGUGGUUAGAGCAUAGGUUUGAGACCUCGAGUUCGAAUUGGAGUUGUACAACUUUUUUUUUUUUUAUAAAAUACAUUUAAAAGGCGAUCACGGUAACCUUCACAUAGAUAACAGAUUCUUUCUCCAACCCCUUUUCCCAGCCGGUCUAGACAAGUGAUCGGAUGAUGGGGUAUUGAGAAAGCUAAAAGCAUAAAAUCGCUACUCAACAAAAACAAUUGGUAAAAAUAUUUCAAAUUUCAAUGAUUUAUUGUUAUUGGUCUAGGCUUAUUACAAAUGUAAUUACAUGACUGAUCCAAACUAUGUAGAUAAAAUUACUAUUGAUAUAAGCUUUGUGUUUUUAAAGUAUUCUUUUAAUUUUAAUUUUUUUUUUUUUAAUAAUGGCAGGACUAGUAGGCCUACUCUUCGUCAAACCUAUACAUUGGUUUCAAACUAAAAGCUUUGGGAAAAUAAGCAAGGUUAAGUGGACUCCGUCAUUGUUAUAUAGUAGUCUUUUACCAGGGGUAUCUCUAAGUGUAUUCUAAUUGAGAGGUGAUAUCAGAAAAGAAUUUAGUAAGAAAAAACCUUAGCAUUCAGUCAUAUGUUCAGUGGCAGAUAAAACGAAUAAAGAUGAUUCGAACAAGAAUUUAACUUUACUUAAAACCAAUAUUAGAAUAUGCAUCUUUUGUUUUUGGUACCUGUACCUUUUAGUUAACUCAUGAAAAAAAAGAAGAACUUAACAAUAAACGUAAUAUUCUGAGAUUGAAAAAAAAAUGAGUAUUCACAUUUGACUAGAAUUGCACUAAAUUGGUAACAUCACUAAAUGUAGAGACACUUCAGGACAGAAGAGAAUAUGAAACUGAUGCCCCAUAAUGGGCCCAUAUAUCGCAAGGUCUGAAUUGGGUACUUUUAGAAGACUAAAAUUUGAAGUAACAAUAAUGCAUAAAACACUGAACAAUAACUUAUAAAGAAAAUACAAUCUUAAAAAAUGCUUAGAAAGACACAAAGGUAAAGACACAUUUCUUAUACCAUAUGCUAGGACAAAAUCGUACAAAAUCUUCCCUAGUUCCAUUACAUGAUUAGAGCAUGAAAUUUAAAGAUUUAUAUUUAUACUGUGAGAAACAGCAUAUCCAUAAUAGGUGCUUUCAAGUUUCAUUAACUUACUGUUCGUUUGGCUUUUAAGCGUUCACAUUAAAAGUAAAAAAAAAUAAAAAUCUUCGUCCAACCUCCAGACUGGUUCUGUUAAAAAAACGCAAUGAUUUUGUGCGUAUAACUUUAGCAUUGCUUGGUUUUCAUGCUCCCAUGUUGGAGGAGGGAGUAUCUGGGACAAAAAGGUUCCCUACUGUCUUUAGUCAAAUUUUCAGUUGAACGUUCCUAGUCUUAACGGAGAUUUAAACUUGAGCCUGCCAAGGUUAAGAUAGCCAAACUGUUCUUGCCACUUAUUCCCACCUCUCCCGUUAUUAAAAGAAGCGGACAUGAAACAGACGAUUAAAUCUGCUUUUCAUUUGAUUAUCAUUGACUUAUCAUUGACGUAUCAUUGACUUAUCAUUGACUACCGGGUACUGUGAGAUCUUUGGCAUUGACAAACUGUUUCAGCUACCUAAAAUAUUGCAAUUUUUCUAAAUACUUGAAAUAUUGCCUGUGUCAUUGACUGUAUUUUUAUACAUCGUGAGUGGAAUUGCUGUCAAUAAAAUGUAAGCUGUGACAUUUAA